GCGAAGCAGUAACAGAGAAGCCGCUCUCUCUCUCUCUCUUCCCUCGUCGUCUCUCUGAAGAACCUGAGCUUUUCACACUUGAACAGCUCCAAAAUCUCCAUUUUGUGCUUGCAAGACAGUGAAGAUCACACAAGCAAGGAAUCAACAGUACGUCCAACAAGCGGAGUUAGCUGCCGAUCGAGCUUUGCUGCUUGCAGCAAUUUGAUCAAUGAUGUAGGUUGUAUGUAUGUCGGGAGGGGCAAGACUAGAAAGAUGAGUGUGUCUCUCACUGUGAUGACCUUUAACCUGCACGAAGAUCAGGCAGAAGACAGCCCAAAUUCAUGGGACAAGAGGAGGGAUUUGUGUAUAAGCGUCAUCACCAGCUACUCUCCCAUGAUUCUCUGCACCCAACAAGGUGUAAAGUCCCAGUUGGAUUAUCUUCAGUCAUGCUUAACAGAUUAUGAUCAGUUUGGAAUAUCAACAAAAGGGCCUGAAGACACUUCAGAUGAACACUGCACUAUCUUCUAUGAUAAGGAAAAGGUAGAGCUACUAGAAGGAGGAACGUUUUGGCUAUCCGAGUCUCCUUCAGUUCCUGGAAGCACAUCAUGGGGCUCUGAAGUCCCGUGCAUUGCUACUUGGGCCACAUUUCAACUUAAAGGAGUGGAGCCUCCAAAUUUUUCUUUUCAGAUAGUGAACACGAACAUGGAUGAAUACAGUGCUCGAGCUCGGAGAAGAAGUGCAUUGCUGACAUGGCAGCAUAUUGCGUCCUUACCUCCAAGCCUGCCAGUUGUAUACUGUGGUGGGUUCAAUACACAGAAGGAAUCCACUACAGGCCGGUUUCUGCUCGGGAGGUCGAGAGAACAUGGUGUGGUGGGGGAUAUGCGUGAUGCAUGGUUCAAUGCCAGGGCGAGGAAGAACAUCUCUCUUGUUCGCACUUAUCAUGGAUUCAAAGGCAAUAAGCAAGGAGCGCUUGAAUACCUCAAACUGAUUUUCCGAGCCCUCUGCCUUUGUUGGGAUCGGCAAACUCAAGACCUUCACAUAGACUGGAUUCUCUUCCGAGGACUUGAGGUAAGAGUUCUUGAAACUUGAGUCUGUGGACAAUCUUUGUCGAGCUGAUCACAGUCUCUCCCAAAUGGCUGGCUUUCAUCCAAUUAUCUAUAGCACAACAAUGCCAAAGCAUCAUACUCUGCAAAGAAGUCGCGAUCUGGAUGUUUCUGCAGCUUCACGAGUUUCCGACUAAUGGGCAGUCUUUGAACAUUCCAACUUCUAUGUACUCAAAAGGCAUUUGCAACAAUUCUCGAGGCAAAAAAGUUUAUACUACAAGAGUGCAAAAACAAUGGUUGGAAUUCCUGAGAAAAGCUGUCUUCAAGCAUGGUACCUAAGAAGAUAAUGAGCUGCCAAAGAUCAUCUGGCAUUUUAUCUUAUUCCGUUGAAUUACAUACCGUACCGGAGAAAAACGAGGAAGGGGAAACUUUUGGGAGCUCAUGGAGUUCAGUUGGAGUUGUUAUGAACCAAAUUGAAUGAAUGAAAAUACCAUAACGCAGUAAUCUUCUA